AUGGUGGUCGUGACCCUGCUCGCGCUUCGAUACGAAGGCAUCCGGCUGGCACAGUUGGCAACGUCCCGGGUCGCAAACUCGUGCACCGGGGACUCGCCGUCUCCGUGGCAGCCGCCUGCUCGCUCGUUUGCAGACGGCAGCGGUAGCUCUCCGCCGCGGAUCGCCCUGCUGGUAUCCUAUUCAGGCGAUAUCCGCAAUUACGCUCUCCAGAAGCAUCCAAGAAUGUAUGUCGAGUCCGUCCAGAUGAAGCGCGAAUACGCCCGGAAGCACGGAUACGCCCUCUUCCUCGACGGCGUCAUCGACAAGAGCCGCCCUCAUUGGGGGCGAGUUGGCACUGCGUACACCAUCAUGAACACCAUGCCGUCCAUUGAGUGGAUCCUGUACAUGGAUGUCGACACUAUGAUCAUGGAACCCGAGCUGAGUCUCGAAGACCUCAUCCUGGCGCCGUAUAUGCGAGGCGCCAACGGCUCCGAACCCGUCACGAUCCGGUCGACUCCGCCCCGGCCAUACCAAGACAUUGACUUUAUCGGCAAGCAAGACUGCGAGGGUCGGCCACUCAACAACGGCGUUUACUUUAUGCGCAACUCCGAAUGGACUAUCCAAGUUCUGGGAAAAAUCUUCAACGAUCGAACCGACUACAACGCGACCGUGCACCGCCCGGGCGUCCAGGACGCCAUGACCAACGUCCUGACCGGUCUGCCCUGGGCCGAGCAGCGACACUUUUUCGUCAGCCCGCCCGAUGCGAGCUUCAACCGGUUCGCCACGGACUCGUGCCCUUGGGACGAAUUCCGCUCUCGCCACUUCUUCCGGGACGGCGAGUUUCUGCUUCAUUUUGCGGGCAGCGCCUCGCGCGACACCGCCUGGGGCACAUUCGCCCGCAAAGUCUACGAGCGAUACCCCGAUCUCCUCCAUCGAGUCGUCGCGGGGCUGCGGACAGAGUGGACUGGAGAUGCAGAAUGGCUCGUCGGUCUGGAAAUGAUGCUGGACGCGUCCGUCUGA